AUGCUCAACGAGGAUGAGCUGCGGGACGCCAUCCUCCUGGUCUUCGCCAACAAGCAGGAUUUGCCCAACGCCAUGAACGCCGCCGAGAUCACAGACAAGCUUGGCCUCCACUCCCUGAGACAACGCGCCUGGUACAUCCAGUCCACCUGCGCCACCUCCGGUGAUGGUCUCUACGAGGGUCUCGAGUGGCUUGCCACCACCCUGCGCAAGGCGGGACACCAGUAA